UAACUUACUCACUAUUUAGCUACAGCUCCGUUAGCUUUAGUCAUAGCUACCGCUGGAAGCUAAGCUAACGAGGCUAAUCCAAACUAAGGAGCAGCAUGGGUUAAAGAUUGAAGUCGGGUUGAUGAUACGUACAACGUAAAGUUAUUUGGUUAAAUUGAGGUAAAAAAAGGAGCAGGGAACCGUGUGUCCAUUUUUUAGAAGACAGAAAGAGUUAAAAAAACCGACAUUCAGGUGUGGAGAUACUUCCGGGAUUAUUCAAAGGUGUGUGUACACUCUCUCUCUCUCUCUCUCUCUCUCUCUCUCACACACACCGACAGACAGACAGGUGUGUCGUCUCUACCUCAUCUCAAUAUCACUGUGUGUGUGUGUGUGUGUGGCUUCUUAUUCACAAACUGAUGGAUUUUACCGCAAACUUUUCCAGUGUUGAGCUUCCACUCUGUGACGUCACCUGUGGACAUGGGGUGAUCAGGGCCUACAACUGUAGUCUGGGUCAGAACCUUCACUGCUGGGCUUUAAAUGUGACAGAAGCCUUCAACGGCUCAUCCAGCCCGGCCAUGGCUCAGGACCGCGGCAGGUACGACUUCUACAUCGGCCUGGCCCUGGCCAUCAGCUCCAGCAUCUUCAUCGGAGGAAGCUUCAUCCUGAAGAAGAAGGGUCUGCUGCGUCUGGCCCGGAAAGGCUCCAUGAGAGCAGGUCAGGGAGGCCACGCCUACCUGAAGGAAUGGCUGUGGUGGGCGGGGCUACUCUCAAUGGGCGCCGGUGAGGCAGCCAACUUUGCAGCCUACGCCUUUGCUCCGGCGACUCUGGUGACCCCUCUUGGAGCUCUGAGUGUCCUGGUCAGUGCCGUGCUUUCCUCCUACUUCCUGUCGGAGCGCCUCAACCUGCACGGAAAAUUAGGCUGCCUGCUGAGCAUUCUGGGAAGUACCAACAUGGUGAUCCAUGCGCCUCAGGAAGAGGAGAUCAACAGUCUGGAGGACAUGGCCCACAAACUGGUGGACCCAGGAUUUUUUGCGUUCGCCUCGUUGGUCGUCCUCACGGCCCUGGUUUUCAUUUUCGUGGUCGCUCCUCGUCACGGUCAGACCAACAUCCUGGUCUACAUCACCAUCUGCUCCGUGAUCGGGGCGCUAUCCGUGUCCUGCGUCAAAGGCCUGGGCAUCGCCAUCAAGGAGGCGCUGAGCGGCAGGAACGUGAGCCGGAGUCCACUGGCGUGGCUCCUCCUGCUGGGCCUGCUGGGAUGUGUCAGCACGCAAAUCAACUACCUGAACAAAGCGCUGGACAUCUUCAACACCUCCCUGGUCACGCCCAUCUACUACGUCUUCUUCACCACCUCCGUCCUCACCUGCUCCGCCAUCCUCUUCAAAGAGUGGGAGCACAUGGCGGUGGAUGACAUCAUUGGAACGCUGAGCGGCUUCCUCACCAUCAUCGUGGGAAUCUUCCUGCUGCACGCCUUCAAGGACGUCAGCAUCAGCCUGGCAUCGCUCGCCGUCUCCAUAAGGAAGGAGGAACGCGCUGCCGUCUUCCCUCACACGGCCAACGGGGCGGCGUCAGGAGCAGCCGCACACGGAUCCUACCAACUCCUGCGGGAGUCCACAGAGGACGUGGACGACAGAGACGUCAGUUUGUCCUUUGACAGCGUCUCCAGGAGGAACGGCGCGAUGAUGUCAUCCAUGGAACACUGAGGAACUGAAUGAUUUUUAAACCAAGAGUUGUACGGACCAAUCACACGCUACGGAAGAUGAUUUAGGAAACGGGGAAAAAGGUGAACUCUUAGAAUUAACUGAUUAUAGUCAUGUUGAAUCCCAGAAUUCCAAUUUGAAAUUAGAAUAAUGACAGGGCAGAAUUCUGGGACUGCACUGUCAUGGCUUUUGACUGUAAUGGGAACUGUGACAUUCCCAGUGUUCCUGUCUUCAUACCCUGACAGUUCCUGAUGGCGUUCCGUACGUCGGUCGUUGAUGGUGAGGACAAUCGGUGAUGUGGACCAGUGGAUUUGUUUGCCUUAUUUAAAGGGACAGUUUCAGAAACACAAAGGUGCUUUAGCCUGAUGUGAGUGUGCAGUGAGUGCCCCCUGCUGCUGGGAAGAGCAGCUUCACUUCCCCAGAGUCACUACAAAGUCUUUAUUUCUGCAAAGGUGAGGAUGUAGCAUCGUUGUAGCGCUCCACCCACUCUGACUACAUCAGUAGUUAUUUCCUGUUCAUGACUCCGUCCACAUUUAGCUUCUCAACAUGUUGAUUUUCAAACUGUCCCUUUAGUCUAUUCCUGUGUAGCCUGUAAAAAUGAGCUUUUUUAAACAGAGCUUUUGUUAUGGGUGAAAAGUCGUGCACUGAUUUUUAAUUUCUAUCAAUUUAACAAGAGUUUUAUUUUCUCUGGACCUGAGGCUGCGCCCUCUGAUGACGACACGUUGGAUAACAACGUUGAUUAUUUGUUCACUCUGAAAAUUUUUGUAACAAACACUGAAGACGAAGCUGCAGAUUUGUUACAUAUUUAUUGAAUUAAAAUGAUUUAAAACAGUGAAUAAAUGCUGAAACACUA